AUGAGUGUUCGUGUAAUUAAUGACGAUGCACAUUUCCAUUCCGAGCUUGCGGCGGCUGGUAUUAAACUGAUUGUUGUGGACUUCACUGCAAGUUGGUGCGGUCCUUGUCAGCGUAUUGCCCCACACUUUGAAAUGCUACCUAAUAAGUAUCCGAAAGCAAUCUUCCUUAAAGUGGAUGUUGACAAAUGCCCGGAAACUGCGGCAGCUCAGGGCGUAAGUGCGAUGCCCACUUUUAUAUUCUAUAGAAAUAGGACAAAAAUCGAUAGAAUUCAAGGAGCCGACAUUAAUGCAUUGGAGCAGAAGAUUCAAGAACAUAUAGGUUCAGGCGGAGAUGAAACAGGAGAGGACUAUGGACAAGGUUUGAUGGAAAUAAACACAUUUAUUUCAAAACAAGAAUGUGAAUGUCUAAAUGAGGCUGAUGACCAUCCAAUGGGCCAUUGUUUAGCUGCCAAUGGUGGAUAUCUGCAGUCAGAUUGUGACGAACAGCUAAUCUUGUCUGUAACAUUCAAUCAAGUGGUGAAAAUACACUCGUUAAAAUUUAAAGCACCUCCUCAACUAGGUCCCAAGGAAAUAAAAAUAUUCAUAAAUCAACCCCGUACAAUAGAUUUUGACCAGGCCGAAUCGAUGACAAGUGUUCAGGAUUUAACCUUGGACCCCAAAGACUUGGAGAAGGGCACCCCUGUCAAUCUGCGCUUUGUAAAGUUCCAAAAUGUACAGAAUAUCCAAAUAUUUGUUAAAAACAAUCAAUCAGGCGGCGAAGUUACUCAAUUGGAUUACCUGGGAUUUAUUGGAUCCCCCAUUCUGACUACUAAAAUGAACGAUUUUAAGCGAGUGACUGGCAAGAAGGGCGAGAGUCAUUAGAGGAUACAGAUUUAUUUUAUUAGAUUUUCUUAUUU